AUGUUUCAAAGCAAGGCCACCCUUCCAGACGGAACAAUAGAAAUAACAGAUACGUUGCCAAAACAGGAUUACUACAAAAGCCUUCGGCGAAAUAGUGUCAGCUCACCUGGUUCUCAGUUUACGAUCAACAAUAGCACCAACGUGUACGAUGCAACAAGUGGCUAUAGAAAGUCAAAAGCAAUUGAAUACAAACCAUCUGGAAAGCAAGUUCAAUGUUCAGUUCUCAUGCUGGAGGGUAUCGAACAAAUAUACACCAUUGACAAUGAUUGCGCUGUUUGCGAGCGAUGUCCACUCCGGUUGCAUGAGUUGUUUCGUCAGCAUCGUCUCAAACGAGGCCGAGCUGUACCUCCACCUUCUAGGUGCUGCAACACAGCACAUGCACACAUUUACGAGGGCGGAAGUCGUGAGCUAUCUUGUGACCUGGUUUCCUUGAGUCUGCUUGCAGGUGCAGCGAGCAAAAAAAAUUGGGAGGCUGAUCAUUCACCUCGAGUUAGCGCACCGCUAAGCAUCACCUUUUACCUGCGGGCGGGCACGCAAAUGUGCGGGGGCUUCCUCUGCCUCCACUGCUCUCGCAGACACUCAAAUCACCUCUGUGCUUCUCGCUACGUGCCUAUGUACACCCAACAGAUUGUGAAACGAAAUUUACUACCAUGCUCUUUCAACACCUACGUGAUUCUUGGUGCCUAUGUUAUUCAAUCAGAGGCAGGUGAUUGGGACUCCGAGGUCCAUGAAGGCAUCGAAUACCUCUAUAAUGUGCCCUUUGCACCCAAAAAUCUUCAAACACCUGAAAUGCUUAUACGGAUAGCCGAACUUCACCAAAAACUAAAAGGUCGAACACCCGAGCAGGCAGACCGCAUGUUCCUUGAAAACGCUCGACGUAUGGCUCUUUACGGGAGCGUCACCGGUGAUGACCUUUCCCUGGGAGUGUACCAUGCGGGAGUGCUGGUAUAUCGCGGUCGCCUCCGCAUGCAGCGGUACACGUGGGCGCGCAUCGUGGAGCUCUCCUACAGGGGCAAGGACUUCAUCAUGGUGGUGCGCCCCGUGAUCUUUGACGAAUACAUUGAGUCGCCAAGCGGUGGCGCGAGACGCAGAACCAGCGUUUCUUCAAUUAAGGGAAGCCUUAGCGGCAACGAAAUCUCCUCCAUUGAGCGUGGCACCGCCAAACAACGCUCCCGCUCCGCCAAGCCCGCGUCAGUUGCGCAGCGUAACAAGACCCUCACCUUCAAGUGUCUCAACGGUGAACUCGCCAAGCGACUCUAUAAUGUCGUCAUCGACCACCACACCUUCUUUAGACUUCGAGAAGGUGGCAAUUCAAGACGGCUAAAUUUGCAGCCCGGUUUCGGCACCAGAAAGUAUCACUAUAACAGUCGACCCCAGAUCUUCGAAGACAACGAAUCGGGAGUUUGGACGCUUAACAGGGACGGAGGGCUUCCUCCCACUGGCAGCAUUCGUCGUGUCGCCGCUCAGCGAAGGCCGGAGCAGUAUGAAGGAACAGGUUUCCGAGCGCCCUGUGCGAGCAUAGAAGACGCUGAUAGCAUAAGGAAUGGCUAUCAGGGUGGCGCGAACACAAUUGGACCCCACGAGUCGUCAGUGUUGAUGGAGGAGUCCUACGCACCGGUCAAGUCAUCCCACCCCGCUCCCGGCAGCUCUGUCAAGGCGCCUGCGGACUGGACGCUUUCGUCGGAACGCCCGCCCCAGCAGUUCCGUCAGAUGGCCCGGCCACCGAAUGUGACUCCACGGAUGCCGCGACCCGAACUCAGCCGCCAGCACUGGCAGAUGUCGCCCGCUGAUUGCACACAGGGUCUCGGCAUGGACUUCUACGGCACUGACGUGGCUACCAUGAUGGACGCUGGAUGGCAGGGAAGUCGUACAAAUAGAGGGAUCAAGGGACCAGGCGCCUAUUACUACGAAGUGAGUGUUCUUGAAGAUGGCGAUGUUCGUGUUGGCUGGUCGACAAAUGACGCUUCCCUGAUGCUUGGAAUGGACUCACACGGAUACGGUUAUGGUGCUGCCGAAAAUGGGGAAGGCUCUUCCGUAAAGCAGUCGGCAAUGGGGAGACUCGUGCAUAACGGGAAGGUGCAUGAGAUGGGUUUUCCGGCCUCCGUCUCUGACGUGAUUGGUUGCUUCCUCCAACUGCAGAAGAAUCCCAACGGAGACGGUUUGGAGGGCAAUGUGAUGUGGUCGCACAACGGCCAACUGGUCACCUCUCCUCACGCCAAUAUUGUGUGCAUUCCUCCCGAAAUCGCCACUGAUUCGGCCUUUUUCCCAAGCAAGUGA